UUCACCUACAACGCCGGCGUGGAGCUGGAGUUCUUCUACAUGCAGAGCUCCAAGACCCCGGACAUUUUGGACAGCGACGGAUACUUCGACCAGCUUUCCAGCCACCCCGCCAGCGACCUGCGGCGGGACACGGUGCUGAACCUGGAAGAGAUGGGCAUCUCGGUCAAGUAUUCCCACCACGAAGCAGCGGAAAGCCAGCACGAGAUUGACCUCGAGUACACCGGCGCUCUGGACAUGGCCGACAAUGUGAUGACCGCACGGCUGCUGAUUAAAGAACUGGCCCACUCCGGGGCGUAUACGCAUCCUUCAUGCCCAAGCCGUUGUCGUCUGUCCAAUGGGUCGGGAAUGCACAUUCACCAAUCGUUGUUCCGGGGCGACCAGAACGCCUUCUUUGACCCGGACGACGAGCAUUACCUGUCGAUCACGGGACGCCGGUUCAUUGCUGGUCUGGUCCAGCAUGCGCCCGAGAUUACGCUGGUCACCAACCAGUGGGUCAACUCCUACAAGCGGCUGGUACCGGGAUACGAAGCUCCGGUAUUUGUAUCCUGGUCCCACGUCAACCGCUCGGACUUGAUCCGGGUGCCGUCCUACAAGCCCGGAUUCGAUUCUUCGGUGCGUGUCGAAUACCGUGCGCCCCGACCCGCCUGCAAUCCGUACCUUGCCCUGAGCGUCAUGCUGGCGGCGGGGAUGAAGGGAAUCCAGGAAGAAUACGCUCCGCCGCCUCCGGUGGUGGGCAACGUGUUCGAGAUGUCGGCCCAGCGCCGGAGGUCGUUGAAUAUCCAGUCCCUGCCCUCCAGUCUGGGGGAAGCCAUUGCCUUGGCCGAGCGGAGCGAGCUGUUGCAGGAGGUGCUGGGAGACCACUUGUUCACCAGCUUGAUCCGCAACAAGGAAAUCGAAUGGGAAGAGUACUCGCUCCAUCAUCACGGACUACGAAAUCAAGCGAUACCUGCCCUCGUUAUCAGCGUCGCCAACACAGCGGAUCGGGCCAUUCAGGUCGGCUCCCAUUUUCACUUCUUUGAAGUCAACAAGGCGCUGGAAUUUGACCGUUCUGUGGCCUUUGGCAUGCGGCUCAACAUUCCAGCAGGGACCGCCGUCCGGUUUGAGCCGGGCGACCGAAAGGACGUUGCGUUGGUCCCCAUCGGCGGCUCCCGGCGCGUUACCGGGCUGAACGGGUUGACUAACGGCAGCGUGGAUGGACCGAACACCCGUACACAGGCGGCGUUAAAGCUGGCCUCAACAGGGCUUUCGCAACCUGCCCACACAGCCGCGGGGAGGUUUCCUAUGACCGAGAUUAGCCGCCGUCAGUAUGUCGACCUCUACGGCCCCACCGUCGGCGACCGGUUCCGGUUGGCGGACACCGACCUGAUCUGUCAGGUGGAACAGGACCUGCAAUCUGCAGGCGACGAACUGGUAUUCGGCGGGGGGAAGACCGCCCGCGACGGCAUGGGCCAGGCUUCCGGGAUCACCAACCACAACGACAUCGGUGUGAAGGCCGGGCGUAUCACCGGGGUUGGCAAGGCGGGGAACCCCGGGGUGAUGGACGGCGUUGACCCGCACCUGAUCGUCGGACCGGGCACCGAAAUCAUCGCCGGGGAGCAUCUCAUCGCACACACCAGGCCGGAUUGA